UCAGCAUCCUCAACAACCUGUUGACUGCAAAACUACUGCAUCAGUAGAGAAGGAAGAAGGAAGAGUAACGUGAGAGAAACAACUUACUGAAACCAUGAUCUCCACACUACAGAAAACCAUUAGACCAAUGUGGGCUGCCAGAGGACUGCAUAAGUCAGCAAUGGAAGUUUUGAAACACCCAGCCCCUGAGGAUACAGUCACAGCUAGCUUUGGGAAGUUCAUCAGUGAAAUAAAGCCCCAGCACUUGUCCUCCUCAGUCCUCCACCGCAGCAAAAGGAUGGUGCUGGACAGCAUUGGAGUUGGUCUGAUUGGCAGCACAACAGAGGUGUUCGAACUGGUCCUGCAGCACUGCCAGCACAUGUAUGCGCCUGAUGACAUCAGCUCUGUAUACGGACGUGGGGGCACCAGGCUCUCCCCGACACUGGCAGCUUUUGUCAAUGGAGUGGCUACUCACUCCAUGGACUUUGAUGAUACGUGGCACCCUGCCACUCAUCCCUCAGGAGCCGUCCUCCCUGCUGUGUUAGCACUCAGUGACAUGAUACCGUCUAACAGCAAACCUAGUGGCCUGGACUUCCUGUUGGCUUUCAAUGUCGGCAUCGAGAUCCAGGGUCGACUGAUGAGGUUCUCUAACGAGGCCCACAACAUCCCCAAGAGGUUUCACCCUCCCAGUGUUGUAGGGACAAUGGGAAGUGCAGCUGCCUGUGCUCGCCUCUUGUCCUUGGAUCACUCCCAGUGCAGUCAUGCAUUGGCCAUAGCUGCUUCUCUGUCUGGAGCUCCAAUGGCUAAUGCUGCCACUCAGUCUAAACCCCUGCACAUUGGCAACGCUUCACGUUUGGGGCUGGAGGCCGCUCUGCUGGCCUCCCGAGGUCUAGAGGCGAGUUCCCUGGUCUUGGAUGCUGUUGCAGGGGUGGCUGGCUUCAGUGCUUUUUAUGAAGACUAUGUGCCACAGCCCUUAGAAUCGCCCAAUGAUGGCCAUACAUUCCUGCUAGAGGAGCAGGACAUGGGCUUCAAGCGCUUCCCCGCCCACCUGGGGAUGCACUGGGUGGCAGAUGCUGCAGCCUCAAUCCAUAAGCUUCUUGUGGGAGUUGGCCCUGGCACUGUCUCCCCAGCUCAGGUCCAAGAGAUCCAGCUCAGAGUCCCUAAAUCAAAGUACAUCAACAGGCCUUUCCCUGAGUCUGAGCAUGAAGCACGCCACUCCUUCCAGUUCAAUGCUUGCAGCGCUCUCCUGGAUGGUGAGGUGACUGUGCAGUCCUUCACUCCCGCUGCCAUGAACCGCCCUGAGCUGCUUGCUCUGCUGAGCCGUGUUCAUGUGGAGCAUCCCCACGACAACCCUGCUAAUUUCAACCACAUGUAUGGUGAAGUCCAGGUGACACUUGUUGGGGGAGACAUUCUGAAGGGACGCUGUGACACCUUCUAUGGUCACUGGCGCAACCCACUGACUGAUGAGAGCCUGAGGAAGAAGUUCAGAAACAACGCAGGGGUGGUGCUUCCUUCAGAAAAGGUUGAGAGGCUGAUUGAAGUGGUGGAGGAGCUGGACAGACUUGGGAACUGCACCCCCCUUCUCUCACAGCUGCAAUGAACACUCACAUUCAUAGAAACUGGCAGUAAAACAGAAAUUAUUGUACAUAAAUAUAUGACAAAAGACACUAUAGUGAACAAUUAACUGUCAAAUUUACAAUUAAAUUAAAUUUUAUAUAAUAUUUGUCCAAAUCAGUACUGUAGAGUAUCACCCAACCAGAUUAAAACUCUUAACCCUAAACCCUGUCUCUUUUACCAGUGCUGAAAAACACUGAAAUACCUAUUGAGCCAUCUCAGAACAUAUUUAACUCAUGCAUAUUUCUCAAUUAUUUUAUUGUAUUAUUUUUAUUUUAAUUAGAAAUCAAUGACUUGUAAAAUGUGAUCUAGUUAUUUUGCAAAGGGAAAAUGAGGAAGAUUUACAUACUUUAUACUUUCAAAAAUUUAUGUUACACAUAUAUUGAGUACUGUACUUUAUUUGUGCCAAACAAUGGAUUAUUAAACUGUUAAUUUUAACAAUGUAAAUACAGGAAUAUUUCCUCUUUGAGAG